AUGUCGUACCAGGGAUUUGGUUAUCCCCCAUACCGAUACUUGACUGGCGGGCAGAAUACACAAUCCUCCUCCUACUCCUCACUCCGCCAGAUCCCAGCUACCUCGCCAUCGCCAGCCUCGAAUAUCCAGCAGACUGAUCGGAGCUAUGGACUGCAGAGCUAUGAGUGGCAAGGCCAAAACAACCCAGAUAUAGCCGCCCAAAACUCUCAGCAGCAACAGUCCGGAAGCUGGCCAUCCAACGAUCCCGCGCAGGGAUACGGGUAUCAGCAGCAACCCCAGCAGCAACAAUCCAGCUACCAUACGUCCAAUGCCGUGUCACCGAUCUCGUCUCAACAGACCCACCAUACCCACCAAAUCCAGCGGGCCCAACCAGCCCAACAAACUUAUAGUCAGUUUAUUUCACCAACACAGCAACAUGCACCCUAUGGUUCUGCAUUAGAACCUGUCGCCAUCCACAACUCCACCAUUGAUUCGCCUUCAAACACCUCUGUCUCUGCGAACAUGAGUUAUCAGUCCGAAUCAAGAAAUCAGAGCAGAUCUCCCGCAAAUGCUGCUCUGUCAAUUGAUCGCCCAAACUCCGCUCAACGCUCGCGGACUGCCGCAGCCUCGGCAAUGACUGCUUUGUCUUCUAGCAUUCCCCCACACCGUACAUCUUCACAGCAUAUUUCAACCAGUCAAGCUGCCUCCUCAACGCCUUCGCAUUCCUACCCAUGUUACGGGACUCCUAUGUCAAAUUUGGUAUCCCCAAACCCCACAGGACCAUCACCAUUAGAGCAGACUGAUCAGUCUUAUCACCAGCACCAGCAAAUCGCUAAACUGCAAUAUAGUAGAAGCUCGACAGUGUCCGCCCAGUCGAACAUCUCUAAGCAUCAGCAAUCCGCAUCCCAGACACGAAACGCAUACUCCCCCACAGCGCCAGCUGCUCCCACCUCUACGUCAGCUUACCCUGGCCGUUCGACUGCAUCGCAGCGAAAAGGCAGUCCAGGUUGCAGUGGCAGCGGCGCUCCUCAACACUCUCACAGCUCAUCUCCUUCUCAACACACCGUUUCAAAUACCCCUUACGGUAACUCUGCUUCUGAGGAUCAGGCGGCAAUCACAAGUCAAUCACAAGCAUACCAGUCUUCCACACCAAAUUUUAUAGAUCCGAGCCAAAUUUACAAUCCUUAUUAUCAGGAAUACCAGAAAAAGAAGGCUGCAGAGGCAGAAGCGGAAUCGGAGCGACUUAAACAGAAAGAGCUAGAGAAACGGAAGGAGUUGGAAAAACAGAAUGAGAUAGAGAAACAGAAAGAAGAGGAGAAAGAAACACAGAGCCUAUUUGUUCAGGCCGAGGUUAAACAAAAGCUUGAGGCAGAUAAGGCGAAAGCUGCUCAAGCACACGCGGAGAGGAUACAGGUUGAAAGCAUUGCAGCAGCAUCCGGCUCAUUUUCCUUACAAAAGGCCAAAAAGUCCGUCCGCAAACCCGGUCCAAAACCCAAGAACACAGGCGACCCCGCAGAUUCACCGCAGGUGCAAUUGCAAGAUGGGCCAAAAAAACAGUGUUGGGAUCGCGAAUCAAUAGCAGAAAACCCUAUAUCUGCUACUCCAGCUGAAUCGACUGAGAAGGCGAACACCACUCAGGCACCACUUGUUCAACCACAUAUUCAACAGCCUGUUCCACUACCUGGAGAUCAGGCAUCUGCACCUGCUCCUGCCGCAAAGGCUGAGGCACAUUCAGAUGAGGAUAUGGAUCUGGAGAUGACAAUGAUGUUGGAGAAAAUGAAAAAGCUGAAAUCGAAGGAUCCAAGUAAAUUUGCCAGGUUGUUUGGUUCUCUCGACCAGUCAAAUAAUUUCCAUUCUCAAGGUAUGCAAGAACGGAGUAGUGUUGCGAGAGUUCACGCAUCUACGCCUGAUGCUAGCACUACUAUUUCUACCACUCCAAAACCCACAGAUGAGAACGAUCCACGUCGUGACUGGGGUAAAUUCCCCACAGCUCGACGGAAACGAAAGUUGAAAGGUCAAGAUGCGACUGUUCAUCAAACUAAUUCUUCGUUCACGCAACUGCAGUCAGAACAGCCUGAGCCGACAUCUCCUUCGCAGCCAGAGAUGAACAAGAACAAUGGACGAGAACAGACAGGGGAAAUUAUAAAGGAAGCUAUAAAGAUAGAUAAACUCAUAGAUUCCGAUAAGGUUCGGCCCGGUCCGGCACCGGUGUCAACACCACCACCUGCUUCCGCUCCAGCUCCAGCUCCAGCUCCAGCAUUAGUACCAAAAUCAUCACCCAAUCCAGAGUCAGAACUAAUAAAGAACGGGCCCGCUCAGACGGCAGCUACAAUUUGGCCUGAACAGAGACGAUUGGCUCUAGCCAAUGCUGCUGCAAGUUAUAUUGACCAGGUUUUUGCAAAUGCCAAUUCUGGCAGGAAAUGCCCACCUGAACUAGUGUUGAGUCUUAUAAACCAAAACCCAAGCUACAUUGAGCUCUGUGGGAUGCUGGAGUCACGCGGUUAUUCAUUGAAUCGUGUUCAUUUUGCGAAACAUCUACUUAGAGCUGUACCGGAAUUAACUACUAGUUCCGGGCCGACACCUGCUCCAUCAUCUGCUCCUAGCCAACCACAGAGCCAACCGCAGAGCAACCGCAGAGCCGCCACAGAGCCAACCGCAGAGCAACAGCAGAGCAACCGCAGAGCAACCGCAAAGCAACCGCAGAGCAACCGCAGAGCAACCGCAGAGCCAACCGCAGAGCAACCGCAGAGCAAACCGCAGAGAAACCGCAGAGAAACCGCAGAAUCCUAUUCUUAUCAUCUUCAGAGCCAACCGCAGAGCAAACCGCAGAGCCAACCGCAGAGCCAACCGCAGAGCAAACCGCAGAGCAAACCGCAGAGCAAACCGCAGAGCAAACCGCAGAGCAAACCGCAGAGCAAACCGCAGAGCAAACCGCAGAGCAAACCGCAGAGCAAACCGCAGAGCAAACCACAGAGCCAGUCGCAAAGCCAGCCGCAAAGCCAAACUCCCCUAACAGCGACACAAGCCCAACCGGCAUCAUAUCCAAGUCCCCUUACUCAAGAACCCACAAGCGAUAGCACUACGUCCAUGACAAAGGUAUUCGCAACUCCAUCAGGAAGCUGUGCUCUGGCUUUUAUGAAUCAAACGGAGAAACAAGGUACACUAUCGGCAUCUGUGCCACCAAUGAGCGGAACCCCUGCAUUUUCAGGACCGGGUCCAACUCCGACAUCUAUCCAGCCAGAGAACCGUGUUCCCGGGUUUCUAGGAACCCCUUCUUCAUUCCAACCUACAUUGUCACAGGAAAAACCAACUCCGGGUUCUGCAAGACCCCAUCCGCAACCUGCAAAACCGGCAGCCUUUCGACACAACAUAGGUGGUCCAGUUCCCAGCCCAAUGGGAGGCAAGCUGAAACCAAAAUUCCGUGUACCUGCACCCCCUGCACAUGUGCCUGUACCAGGUUCCAAAGAGGCAAAGGCUAGAAAACGUACAUUUGCAGAGAUUGUGGAUUUAUCUCAACUUCUCAGUGACGAUGAACAUCUACCACCCUCCGCCAAAGACCCACGUUUGGAGAAUGCACCACCCGAAGGCUACCUGGAUGUUGAUGGUCAUAGCGUGCCGCCACUCACCUCUGCCACCCCUGAAACCGCUGGAACCCCUGCUCCUCCCUCAAGGAAGCUGGAUCUAUCACAAUCUAGAAUGACUAAUUCGAACACUUCUGCGGAAAACGAAGCACUCCGAAAACGUGCAGAUAUUGUAAAGCCGUUAAACAAGGCGGAGGCAUUGAAAACGCGGUACUAUGAUCCUAAGACCAUUGCGAGAGACAUUUUGAUUGCCACUGGACGUCACCCAACUCAACGUCCCUUGAACCAGCACCUUUCAAAACUGCGAGAUAAUUUCUUAGCUGUUGAUAAUGCGUCUGAUUUACGAACAUUCCGCUGGGAUCUCGUCGAUCCUGGCGGACCUCCACCUCCCGAAGUGCCUCUUGUUGAUGCUAUUUCCAGGCCUCCUUCGCUCACUAUUCGCCCGUACCGAACGCCACCAAAUCGCUUAUUUAAUCGAAUCCCACGUGACCAGACCAAGGAAGACUUUACCUCUCGAUCUUCUUUACGUCCUCAUACUCCGUCUCAUCUUCGCAUAUCUCAGACGCUCAACGGUGAUGACCCGUCACUUCAUGAUCAGAAUAAUAAUAUUAAUAAUAUUAAUAAUAAUAAUAAUUUCCUGAUGAAUUCCACUCCUCCAAUCCCCGGACCUCGUCGCCGUGGACGCCCUCCUGGCGCGAAAAACAAACCCAAAAUUGCAGAUCGAGUUGAGAUUACGAUUUCGACAAGUUCACAGGUAUCACCCUCGCGACAACCAUACCACAUAUACGAAUGCAAGUGGAGAAACUGCGAUGCCCAGCUUCACAACCUUCAGACACUGCGGAAACACGUCACUCGCCUCCAUGUUCCCAAAAUCAGCACGAGCGUCACGUCCUGCUUGUGGACAGGGUGCAGCGCCCCGGGAGCUGAUGGAGGGAACAAUUUCACAACAUGUGAUGAGCUGCGUGAUCACUUGGAGAAAGUACACUUGAAUGAAAUUGCAUGGACGCUGGGUGAGGGCCCAGGGUCGGUAAGAUCCGGUCAUCAAGAUUCCAUUAUCGACGACUAUCUUAAUGAUGAAAAUGGUCGCACCGUCAUUGCCAAGGCAACUACUAAAGGCACACGGCCUACCCUGGUUCUCCCCGCGACCUACAGGUCGAUUCGGUCCUUUAACAAAAUGUACGGUAUCGAGAGCGACAAAGCAAAGGCGCUGGAGGUGAUGCGGGCUAUGGAAAAGAAACAAAUGAUGGUUGGGAUAGGUCUGGGACGCAGCGGGUGUACAUUCAUGAACCCGAGAAGACAGGAGACGAUCGCUGACUCCGAAAGCGUUUUUGAGAUUAUACCUGAGGAAGAUGGUAGGGAUAAUAAUGAUCUCUAG